AUGCCGGUAGUCGCGACAGGGACAGUCCUCGUCACCGGGGCCAAUGGCUACAUCGCCAUGUGGGUGGUACGCACGUUGCUGCAGGCGGGAUACUCUGUCCGUGGGACCGUACGCUCCGAGGGCAAGGCGAAGCACCUCCGACAGGUGUUCGCCUCGUAUGGCAACAAGCUCGAAAUUUUGAUCGUCGAGGACAUCACUCGGCAAGGAGCGUUCGACGAGGCUGUGAAGGGCGUCGAUGCGAUCGAGCAUACUGCCUCGCCCUUCCACUUCAAGGCCGAUGACCCAGAGGAGCUCAUCGUGCCCGCCGUGCAGGGCACGACCCGCAUACUCGAGUCCGCACUCGCGAACGGUACCACCGUGAAGCGCGUCGUUGUGACGUCGUCCACCGCGUCCGUGAUGCACCCGCAAGAUACGCCGCGCGCGUUCUCCGAGCUCGAUUGGAACGACGCCGCGAUCAAUGAGGUGAAGGAGAAGGGGCGCGGGGCGAGCCAGCCCGCGAAGUACCGCGCGAGCAAGACGCUCGCGGAGCGCGCGGCAUGGGAGUUUGUCGAGAAGAACAAGGGCGCGACUGGGUGGGACCUCGUCGUGCUGAACCCACCGUACGUGUUUGGACCGGCUACUCAGGAGGUCGGCGCGCCGGAGGCGUUAAACGAGAGUAUGCUCGAUUGGUUCCAUAGCGUGUUCAAGGGGUCGCGGGAUGCGAAGCAGCUCUCCGCCGUAGGAUCAUCAUGGAUCGACGUGCGCGACCUGGCUGAUGCGCAUUUACUUGCUCUUCAAAAAGAAGAAGCAGGCGGCGAACGUAUCAUCAUCUCUGAGGGCGUGUUCAAGUGGCAGGACUUUGUGAACGCAGCCCGCAAGUAUGGCGCCAAGAUACCCGAGGGCGACACUUCCUAUGACAUCAAGACGGCGACGCACGACAUCAUGUAUGACACAUCCAAAGCGGCCAGAUUGCUCGGGCUGAAGUAUCACUCGAUCGAACAGUCGACCAAGGAUAUCAUGGAUGAUUUUAAGGCCAGGCACUGGAUUCCGUGA